GAACAAAAAUAAACACAUUCGGUCAUUCGGUCAACGGAACCUUAUAAAAUAUACAAAAAUUAUCAAAUUUAAAAAAAAUUAAAGUAGUUCAAUAGGGUUGUUACUUGCAGUUCACUUGGAAUUUUUUAAAUGAAUCUCGUCGUCACAGUCAAGUGACAUAAGUUUGUCGCUUUUCAAAGAUUUUUUUAAAAAAUUCUCAAUUCUGCUUCAAAAAUUAGUUGUGAACAUUUUAGAGAGAAAGUGUAUCAUGUUUUUCAAAUGCGUGAUCAGAAAGUUGCUGAGAAGGACUCUACCUUCGAAAUUCAAGCCGAAAACGAUUAUAAAAUUUAUUCGGAAUGAUAUUUCGGACAAUCUAGCGGAAGGUUAUUUACCUGAAGAAAAAAAAUAUGCAAUUACCGAUGUUAGUAGAACGAUUUAUUAUGAUUGUCUGCCAAAUGUAACGAUGCACGAUGCAAUCUCAUCGGCUCAAAUGUACCACUCGGGAAAUGUGAACAAAUCACCGGUAAAGAACAUUGAGGGAGCGCGACCUUAUCGCAUAAGGCAGUGUCCAAAUGUUAGAAGGACUCCAUUCCAAAUGUCAAAGUUAGAAGGUAGCAGGGCAAAAGUUAUACCGUAUCGUUGGAAGUUUAACGCGGGUCAGUUGUCACCUUAUCAAGCUGGGCGGCGCACUAGUAAAAUUAUGUCCAAAAUUGCUGAUAUCACACAAAAACCAAAACGGAUUAAAUUGGACAAUGCUGCCAUUAACAUUCCCUUACGACAACGAUCUGCAUUGAUUGAUUCGAGUUAUAUUGGAAACUGGGGACAGAAUCGCAGGCGAGAGUCAUACAUUUCCCCCCGACAUAAUGUAGUGCAUGUGGGAGAAAAUGGCAAGAGGGUGGACUUGAACCGAUUAGAAAUGCAGUCAACACAAUCUUUGUCUGCAGCUGCGAUGGGUUCUAAAUCGACGAAUCUUAGUAGUCAUUCGAAUGGAUAUAUUUAUGAUCCCUACGAAAGUGAUCAGGGUACAAGAUGGGCUUCGGUACCACAUUUUAGGGACCUUCACAAUGAAGGUUAUGAGUCUCCUACCAUCUCAUCAUUGGUUGCAAAUAAACAGCUUACUAACCCCUAUUCUAACAAAAACAAGGUGAAAAAUAAUUCGUUACUACAUAGAAAAGGCAACCUAAUGGAUGAAGGAUAUGAUAAGAAUUGGACAGAGGAUUCCAGUUCUGGAUCUGACUCAAUGUACCGCACGAUAUUUAAUCCUCAAGAGAACAUUAGCGCUCCUUCCCUACAAAAAGAUCUUAAAUUAAAAAAUAAUUACUCGGGAGAUUACAUGAGCCAUUCUUUGGCUUAUUCACAUCUAAAUCUGAGCAAUCCACCUUGUGCAGGAGACACAAAUUCUACUCAAUCUUUCGAGUCAGAUAUGAGCUCAGAUUCCAGCGUUCGUGAUUCUAUAAAUGCGUCUGGUAACGAAGACGUAAAUGGAGAUUUCGGGAUGUUAAGGAGUUUGAAGGUUUGGUCCUAUCCAAAGGAAUUUCUAGAAUCUUUCAACUGGGUUUUGCCAAAAUCAAGUGGUCAUAAAGUUGUUACAAGCCUAAAGGACUACAAUUAGAUCUGCAAGAAUUAUAUCAGUAUGUGGAUGUUAACGGUUUUGAUAUCAAUCUAUUUAGACUUUUUAAGACAAUGCAUCUUGCCAGCUAUGGCAGUAAUGCAAGCAAAAUUGAAUUGUGUUAAAAUAAAAUUGUUUUUCUUUGUAA